AUGGACGGUACGGAACUUCUGCGCACGUGGGCUCAGUCAGAAAUGCCCAAGGGGUUCCCAAAAGGCCAACCUGAACAAAUAGUGACGGUUCUACAACCUCCAUCGAACAAUGCUUGGUCGUUUACUCAAGGUCUAAUAUGUGGCCAAGUGAGUGUUGUGAUUGUGAUCUUGGUGUUUAUCAAGUUUUUUGUGUUUGCUGAUGGUUCUUCGCCACAGUCUGCGCUGUCCAAGUCGAACAAGAGAGACGUGGCUGCUGUGGUGGUGAAAAGAGAUAAACCGAAGGAUGAGGAUGGCGAGGAUAGCAAUAGUAACCCAGCCAAACUCGCUACAAUUCUUGAAAAGACAUACUAUGAUGUUGAAAACCAUGCGCCAGAGUCUUUGGACUGGUUCAAUGUGCUUGUAGCACAGACUAUUGCCCAGCUUCGUACUGAAGCAUUGCUUUCAGAUAAUAUAUACCAUCUGUUGAAUACGUUUCUUGAGAAGCUGGAGACUCCUGACUACUUGGAUAGAAUCAGGCUUCUGGAGAUUGAUAUCGGUGACGAUUUCCCGAUAUUCUCCAAUUGCCGUAUAAAACAUAGUGGCGAUGACUUUGGUCGUCUAGAGGCACGUAUUGAUGUGGACCUCUCUGAUACGCUUACAUUGGGCAUUGAAACACGUCUUUUACUAAACCAUCCUCGUCCGCUUACUGCUGCUUUGCCUGUGCAGCUUUCUGUAUCUAUAGUGCGUUUUUCAGGAUGCUUGACGGUUUCUUUGGUCAACAUCAACGAGACCGAUUUUGCCGGCAGCAGCAAGGAAAACCUAACGGGCGGCACAGCUCUUAUGUUCUCCUUCCUGCCAGACUAUAGACUAGAGUUUUCCGUCAAAUCGCUCAUUGGCUCAAGGGCAAAACUACAAGAUGUGCCUAAGAUCUCUGAGCUCAUAGAAAGCAAGUUGCGUUCAUGGUUCAAGGACAGUGAUCCGCUUACCUUCUAUGUGGCCCAGAAGCAAAAACACUAG